UGGUACGACAACGACGCCACAUCUUCCGGCGUCCGGCAGUUACGAAGCACGCGAUUAUUGAGCGUUGCCUGUUAAUUUUUUAAAAAUCAUCACAAAAAUGUCAUACAAGGGACCACAGAAAGUUCAGAAGGUGAUGGUACAACCCAUCAACCUUAUAUUUCGAUACUUACAAAAUCGUUCACGGGUACAAGUUUGGUUAUUUGAAAACAUAAAUCUACGGAUUGAGGGUCAUAUCGUCGGAUUUGAUGAAUACAUGAAUUUGGUGCUGGACGAUGCGGAGGAAUAUCAUAUGAAGACUAAGAACAGAAAACCACUUGGACGGAUCAUGUUAAAAGGCGAUAACAUAACAUUAAUACAAAAUACGAAUCCAGGAGGGAAUUAGAUGUUGAACCAUAACCUCGGAGGACGUUCUAGGACGAAUAACAAACACGUUGUUUUUUAUCUUGUGCAGAGAUUACGUGUGUGAAACUCACGUGAAUAAACUGUACGCCAAGAGAAGUGACUUGAAAAACCUCCUUACGGAGAACAUUUGAAUCCAUUAGGAUAAAUAAUUAUAAAUUGAUUAGCACAAUUUGUAACUGAAAAUAUCAGUGUCAUGUUGAAAUGACAGUAUUAUUCUCCAUUGGAAAAUGUAUUUGUUGUUGUAAUUUCGUAAUAGAACAAUUUUUUCAAACAAUAAAAGCAUUCAAGCAUUAUAAACUGUAUGUAACAUGUUUGUAUCUUGUUCGACAAAAGACUGUAUGUAAAUGAUAUCAAACUCUAUUCAGGUUUAUACUAUUAUUUAGUUUUAAAAUGAACCCUACAUGUAAAUAUAUGAUGGAAUUGCAAACAUAACUAAUGUGAAUUAAACAUACAUUGAAUAAAUAUUUUUGAAUCAAA